AUGUUAGGGGCGCCGGCUGAGGAAUGGGACCCCGGUCGCAUUUUGCGACACGACGAGGCGCCGGAAUUAAACGAGGUCUUUUCCGAUUGUCCAGAUGGGUAUCGUCGAGCGUUUAAGAGCAAGCAUGACCGCCAGAUGUGGUACAUGCACUGGAAUCUGGCUAAUGACGCCCCCAAGCCUUCCCCUGCAGUCAAGGCAGAAAAGGCAGUAACAAGCAAAGAAGUGCCGCCGGCAUCCACGUCAAGACCACAGACUGGUCCGUUCCGCGUCUUACGUGCCAAGGAAGAAGGAAGACUGGGAGAGGUUGUCUCCGAUUGUCCUGAUGGAGUUAGACGGGCGUUCGCCAGCAAGGAGGAGCGCACUCAAUGGUACCGUCUCAAUGAUCCUUCGAUCCCACAAGAACACCGCGAAGCUCGGGACAAAUCGAGGGCUAUCUGGGGCGAAGACGUCUCGCCCGAGGAAAGGAAAGAAAAUUUGACUGCAUAUGUAAUUAGUCACCUUGAGUCGGCGGCGAACCCGUAUGAUAGAGUGCUGGACCUUUAUCGUUAUUCCACCGACUACAAAUAUGUGAAAGAAACCCGGAUUGCCUCUGCGGUCUUGGACGCAUUCCAACUAUGGUUGUCAAACCAUCCGAAUGCUAAGCAAAUUUCUGAAACCUGCUUGACCUACGAUGUAAAGGCAAAAGCUAUCGAUGUGGCGUUUAACGGGCCUCUGUUUUUCCUAAUGCCCCUGAUCGCCCUCUUUGACGUGGGGCAAGAAGUUGAUGGAACACCGAAAAUUUGCAAAGCUAUGGAACCCGAAGCUCAGAAGAAGAUUGAAACGUUAGCCGAGAAGUCCAAGCGAUUAGAAGCCCUCGACCUUGCAUGUUUCUUUGGCUGGUAUGACACAUUUGACAUUCAUUCCUUCCUCGUGCCACUCUGGCUAACUGGAAACCAAAAGAAAGUCGAAUCAUUCCUGGACCACACCAAAUUACGCCAGCUGCAUUUUGUCUCCUAUUUGGACAAGCUAUUGGGCAAGUCUGAUCGCGAGCGCGAAGAGUAUUGGGCAAAAAUGGUGGCCGAAGGGCUUGGGAACAACAACGAGAAGCCGCUACAAUUUAAACCGCUGAAGAGUUAUAUUCGUAAAAUGGUGGUUCGAUUCCAUUUGGAUGAGAGUGCGGCUCCGAUUUGCAAGGCCGAGUCUGACAAGGGCCAAAUGAGAUAUAAUCUCAACAAAUUCCUGAAAGACCAACCGAGAACUUUUGCGAAUCGGCUCCAAUACUAUGAUCAAAUUACGGGUAUUAUCGCGAGCGGUCGCAGCCACUAUAAGUUCGAUCUUCUCGUCAUACUGCUGAACAUGCGUGAAGAGGCGGAAGCAUUCUGGUGGUACGUGUUGCUUGGCAUGACGAGGCUGCCUAAAGACAUGGAAUACAAGGUUGAGGCCGACCCUUCUGUCCUGGAGCGAGCCGCGGCUGAGGCAUGCUAUUUCCCCCGCUUCAUCUCUCCUUUUAAGGUUGCCAAGUUUAAAGAAAUGUUGGCCGAGCAAGCGUCCCAGAAACUCCCCGAAGAGUUGUUCGCCGGCUACCCGUUGAAGCUGGUCGAUGGUCUUUCACUGUCCCUUUUUCGCCAGAUGCCCGAGAUCUUCAGCCAACAAUCGGUCAUUGCCAUCGACGCGGAGUGGAAGCAAGAGUUCGGAAAAGACAAAAUAUCCCUCAUCCAAAUUGCGUGCGAAUCAGCUGUCUACCUGGUCGACAUUCAUGUCCUUCCAUCCCUGGUCGACCAUAAGGAGCUCACCACCUUUUUUGAAGCUCUCUUUUGCGGCGAAGCUUAUAAAUUUGGUUUCGACAUUUCGCAAGAUAUCAACCACAUCAUCAACACGUUCCCCCAUCAACUCGAAGGGCUGAAGGAACGCAUGCAAAAUGUCGUUUGCCUUAAGCAACUGGUCAACAAUCUCUUGGACGUCGACAAUAAGAUCGUGGAAAUGAUCGACCCUAAUCAAAGAAUCCCUUUCGACACGUACACAACGGAGGAUGGAGAGAAAAAAACUGACCGAAAUUUCUCUCUGGCAAAGCUCUACAACAGCGUGCUGAACAAAACAUUGGACAAGACUGAACAGGUUUCCGAUUGGGCGAAGAGGCCCCUCCGACCGAAACAGGUGAUCUACGCUGCUCAGGACGCCUAUUCCUUGCUGGAGAUUUACGACGAACUGGAGAAGCGCUGCAACGCGCGAAAUAUAGCCCUGCCCAACGUCCUGUAUCAGUGCAAUCCGUACAAGCAGAAGAAACGGAUCAAGGAGAAGAAACUGAUCGACGACCACGAGGAGAUGGCGAUGCUUAUCAAAGCGCUUGAGCCGCACUGUUACAAUGAGGAAGAGUGGAAACCUGUAAAGUCGCUGAAGAUCAUUGUCGACAUCAUGCUGAAUCACCUCGGAAAAUACCUUCGCCGCAUGGGUGUCGACGUGCUGAUGGCCUCAUGUAAAACGACGCUGCACCAAAUGGCCGUUGAUGACAAGAACAUGGACCGUAUCGUCCUAAGCGCAGGCCGUGGUUUUAGACAGUUGUGCACCGAGCCAAAGCUUGCCGGACGUGUCCGAGACUUGCUAGCCAGGGAUAAACUAGAAAAUUUGGCAAUUGAACUGUUCAGGGAUAUGAAGGUGAUGCCCCAGAUGCGAGAUAUCUUCACGCGAUGCGUGCACUGCAACAAGGUUGGCAUGGUGCUGGUCCCCCGCCCGAUCAUGCACUGCAUGUUCAGUAAACAUACCGCCGAUGUCUUCGGGCUCGACACGUUCGACUUCGCCAAAUGGAAAGAGCUAUUGGGCUUGGGCUUGGCGGCGGAGAAGUAUGGUGGCUUCGGGGCCGAAAUGCACUACGGCGACAGCCCAUCCGAUGUGUACGCGAAGGUUCAAGAUGGCGUCAUCGAUCUAGGAAGGCGCAUCGUUGAUUGCCGAGCCCUCCUUGGCACCGCCGAGAUUCAGAUUGACAUGUACGGGUCGACCGUGUUCAGCCUCGAGGAGAUUCUGUUCUUUUACGUAUGUGGUGGCUGCGGUGCUUUCUUCUGGGAUGGCUACGGCAAGAAACCGCAUCUGGCGCAACAGGCGGCCGUUGCCGCGCAAGCCACACUGGACCAAUCAAGAGACGCCGACGCCGACACCUCCGUGGAAACAGCACUGUCCAUCGAA